CUAGAUAUGCUAUCUUUGCUCCUUCCUCAUUUCUUUACAAUUCGAAAAAUAUUUUGAGACGGAUGUCGGGACGUACAUAAUCUUAGUCCAAAUAAAUUGACGUGGAACGACAUAAAGAUGGACGUAGAUGGAUGAUAUAUUCGAGAAUGUAAUCUAAUCAUGGAGUAUUUUAGUGAAAUACUUUUGCUUGGAAUUGACACGGUUGUAUUCACUAUCUGCUUGAAACAGUAUAUUCACUACAAGAAUGCGAUUAAAGUAAUCAAGAAUGUCGAGCUCUACGAUGUUGGCGCAGAUAUUGAAAACCUAUUGGAUAAGAGUUCGAAUAACAAAGUGGAUUAUGUCGCCGUCAGAGGGAUCGUGAAACCGUUAAAAGAAUCAUUGCAAAGUAUUAAUAAAAAAGAUGUCACUGGAGUGAUACAGAAACUUAGUGUCAAAGAACAUAUUGUUGCAAGAACGUCAGCUGGUUAUUGGUCUGACCAAGAACGAACACUUCAACAGAUAUAUAAUACGGUACCGUUUGUUUUGCAAAACAGAUGGUAUCGUGUAGAAAUAAUAGAUCCCUUAUCCGCUGAUAUCUUAGACUUGGAUAUAAUCUCUGAUAAUUUUCAAUCUAGUGUGCCUACAGUUAUAGAUCAUAUAUGGGGUUUUUUUACAGAACAUUCAACAGGAGUGCGUCAACGUGGUAUACAGUCUACAGAAAAAAUGUUGCGUGAAGAUUCAAUUAUUACAGCAAUAGGUGAGCUCUCCAAGUCGAAAACUGAAUCCAAUUAUUUUAUUUUGCAACCUCCGUUAAAUGGGCCUCCUUUUUAUAUAACAAGCAUGUCAAUUACAUCCUUGAUGCGGAAAUUAGAUGAUCAUAAAAAGAUAUACAGGAUAUUUUGCCUGAUGAGUGGUGCACUUGGAAUAGUACUUGCAACAAUUAUGGCGAGACGUUAUUGGAAAAAUAAGCAGCAACAAAGAUUGGCAGAACAAUUACGUCAGUCGCUUGAAACAUCUCGUCAAGAAAGACGUCAAAGAGUCAGGGACAGAGAUCUUAGGGAAGAUCAAAUAUGUGUAGUUUGCAAAACAAACGCACGCGAAAUUAUUUUAUUACCUUGUGGUCAUGUAUGCAUAUGCGAAGAUUGUUCAGUUAGCAUCAAUAAUAAUUGCCCUGUUUGCAGAACACAAAUCAUUCAAAAAGCAGCAGCGUAUAUAGUAUAAAAUUUCAUUUUGAUACAAGUUUUUUUUAUAUAUCAAAAAUAUUUCGACGGCAUUAAAUCAAGUGUGAAAACAAUCAAUGAUUAAAUUAAAAUAACAUUA